AUGUCGCCCCUAGAAAAGAAGAGGUCCCCAAAUCCGUCACUUCCCGAAGAUUUGGUAUUGAUCAUCGUCGCACGCGUCUCAAGGUUGCACUAUCGAACUCUCUCACUCGUCUCCAAGAGCUUCCGAUCUCUCCUAGCUUCACCGGAGCUUUACAAGACCAGGUCACUCUUGGGGAAAACCGAGAGUUGUCUCUAUGUGUGCCUACAGUGCAAUCCUGGUUACCGCUGGUUCACCCUCUACCGGAAGCCUGAUCAAACCCUAACCAAUGACACAAGUAAGAAGAAGUCGUCAAGUGGGUAUGUAUUGGCAACAGUCCCGAGUCCCAGAUUCCAUAAAGCGUGCUAUUCGAGUCUAGUGGCGGUUGGUUCUGACAUCUACAACAUCCACGCGCCCUCUUCCUCUAGCGUCUCUGUUCUGGAUUGCCGGUACCACACUUGGCGCGAGGCUCCAGCUCCAAGAUUGCCGGUGAAAGAGUUGUUAAUUUCAGGUUCUUAUUGCGAGAUAAAGAAUGUUUUCUACACUGUUUGUAACAGAAUGGUCGUAUGGUAUGAUAAUACUGAGCCAGAGGUAAGAAGGUGGAGACAUUUGGAGGUAGGAGAACUACCUACGUUUCCUCCUGGUGUUUCUGUUAGAUUAGCUGAUUAUGGUGGCAAGUUAGCGGUUUUGUGGGAAGAUGAUUUGUUCCAUAAGAAGAAGGUUUUGUGUGCGGAGAUUGCGCUUGAAAGACGCAAAAGUGGUGAAAUUGUUGGGAAACUUGAGUGGUUGGGUCAUGUGCUUACAAUCCUUAAAGAAUAUGAGUUCGUGAAGGUUCUUGCCGCUACGGUUUGA